AAUCGCGUCGUAGUGGACACGUGCUCGGCAAAUGAUCGGUAAAUCAGUAGUGUGUUUGUGGUUGUGUUCCUGCGAUGUAGUGUUAUUUUCGGUGCUCUCGUUGGAGGUUCGUCGAAGUGUGCGGUUGUGUUUCCCCCCGUCUUGAUGUGUUGUUCUGGAUGGGAUGUCUCAUUACGAUGCCAUAAUACACCUCUUGGCAGGAGGUCUGGGAGGCACUGCGGGAGCGAUAGCCACCUGCCCGCUGGAAGUGGUGAAGACGCGCUUGCAGUCAUCGGUGGCCACCUUCCACUAUGCGGCUGCCACGUCCCCCAACGCGCCCCAGGCGGCCGUGGGGUCUCUUGCCGACCGGCUGGGCUUUCACACGUGCACGUGCGCCCCAUCGCCCAACGGCUACGCCGCCUCGGUGAUCAACGGCGGCGCCGAGCCCGCAAGGGUCCCCUCCAUUGGAAUAUGGCGCUGCCUGAAGCAAAUCGUCGAGAUGGAAGGCACCAAGGCUCUCUUCAAGGGUCUCGGACCUAACCUGGUCGGAGUGGCGCCUUCGAGGGCAAUCUACUUUUGUACAUACUCCAACUCCAAGAGCCUCUUCAACGAACUCCUCCCUUCGGAUACUCCCAUUGUACAUAUCUGUUCGGCAGCCAGCGCUGGUUUCAUGUCCUGUACUGCAACCAACCCCAUCUGGUUUGUGAAGACACGGCUCCAGCUUGAUCAAAGGAUGUAUGGCAGCAUCUCGGCAGUGCAGUGUAUCCGCGACAUCUAUGAACGUCACGGCUUGGUGGGCUUCUACAAGGGCAUCACGGCUUCGUACUUCGGCAUCUCGGAGACCAUCAUCCACUUUGUCAUCUACGAGUUCAUCAAGGCACAGCUGCGCAAGCACAAGGAGUCUUCCUGCAGGGAUUCCUACGACCCAGACGUGAAGUCCACCAGGGACUUUGUACAGUACAUGGCUGCGGGAGCCGUCUCCAAGACGUGUGCCUCGACGCUCGCCUAUCCCCACGAGGUGGCGAGGACAAGGCUACGGCAGGAGGGCAACAAGUACAAGUCAUUCUUCCAGACGCUGCUGCUGGUGUGGCGCGAGGAGGGCUACCAGGGCCUUUACCGCGGCCUGGCGACCCAGCUGGUGCGGCAAAUUCCCAACACCGCUAUCAUGAUGGCCACCUACGAGGCCGUCGUGUACAUGCUCUCACCCACCGUCUACCGGCCAGACUGUCUCGACGAGGACUGAGAUCUGACAUCCUCGGGCGGAAGGUGGCGGGAUAUGGGACGUCAGCAUGCUCUCUUCAGGUCGCAUGGCGAACGAACCGCCUAAUUGACCAUUGCUGCGCUCAUCACUUCACAUAAUAUGGCAAACAAGCAGUCUUUAAUUGGCUGCUUCUGCGCUCGCCACAUCAUGUGACACCGGGUGAUACGCUUCCGAUUGGCUGCCGGUUCGUUCGCCGUGAUACAGUGAUAGUCAUUUGAUCAGUUGACAGUUUGCCGGACAAGCGAUCUCCAAUCGGCCGCCGGUGUGCUCCCAACCUCGUGUGACACCGAGUGAUCCGCUUCUAAUUGGCUGCUGGUUCAUUGGGUGUGAUGCGGUGAGCUUGGUCAGUUAUCAGUCGGCUCGCCACAUUGUGUUGUUUGACUCAGCGGACAGCAGCAAGCAACACCUAUACGGACACUCCCAUGAAGCUACGUCUCGCCGUCAACAGCGCCUCUGUCUGAGGUCGUCACCAGUGCCACGUAUGCUGCACCCAAGAGCGGCAGUAACAUUGUCUUGGCAGUGCAGAACACUAAGGGAAGGGACUGUGGUGUGUGCAUGUGUGCGCACAGAGUGCGACCACUACACUCUUUGUACAUAGAUGAGCAGUGAGAGGAGGACAGGAGGCUCGUGACUGUAAAUAGUUUGGUACGCUAAUAUUAUUUCGAAUUAAGACCGCUCGUUUAUGUUUUCGAUGUCGUCGCAGUGGCUUCCACGCAUCCGCCUUGUAUGGAGUCUGCGGGAGGAGGGAGAGGAGGUUGCUGGGUCGAUGGGGAGAGAACCUGGGGAACCAAAGAUUUGUACUUUUUUCUGUUGGGUGUCUUGAAGAAUUUUAGGACCAUAUUCACUGUUUUAUCGAACGUUUGCAAUUUCGAAGAAGUUGUAGAUCUUGCUCCGUUCUUUUAUGCUGCCAAAUUACUUUUCCCACUGUUUGGUUUUGGGAUGAAAUUGGUUAAACAGCAGUUCAAAGCGGUUUUAGGGGAUAAUUUAUUAGAUAAGUGGCUGUUCUGGGGUUGUGAUAAUAUUUGAACUGAAUGCCACAGUUCAAAAUGGUUUUAAGAGAAAAUUCAUUAAAAGCAGCAGUUAGUGGUUUUGGGAGGAAAUUGUUGAAAUAAAUUGAAGUUCUCGGGGGAGUGUGUAGCUGCUAGUGACAUGGGUACUUGUUUCUCAGUUCAGGAGUCUGUGAUUAUGCUCCUGAUUACAGUGUGAUCUAGCUUUUGCAGGAUGGGUUUUAAGGAGGCAGCAAAGCAACUGAUUGCUACUGCAGUACAAAGUUUCUAGCCACUUAUUGCACAGGUUUUCACCUGCUAUGUUUUCACAGUUCAGACUUCGGAGUGCCUUAUGACGACACAUAUAUAAAAAGAAGAAAAGAAAAAAAAAAAGAAAUGUGCAGAAAUGAGGUUUGCAUCCAGAAUGUUCACCUGGGGACCAGAGCCUAGAGCAGUUCACCAGUUUUACUGGAAGGCAAGUCAUCUAUGAUGCUAUCUGUAUAUUGUAAAUGUUCUGUUCAAUAAAGUAGAUGCGACAAUGA